GUGGGCACCAACAGCGACAUUAGAGUCAAUAGAAAAUCAAAUUCUUUUGAUCUAAUCUUGGUAACAUUUUCAAAGAUUAAUAAAUUUCCAUUUUUUUAACCUUAAUUGCAAAAAAUUGAAAAUUGAAAAUUGAAAAUUGAAAAAGAAGGUGGGCUCAUUUUAUAGAUGGGAGUUGAAGAACAGCCAAAACCAGCAGCAGAAGAUUCAAAGGAUUCUUCAGUUCCCGUUGUUGUUGUUGUUGCUGUCACUUCGGAAGGAGAACCAAAAACUCAAGAACAGAAAAUGGUGGUUUCAAAGAUCAGGAAUUCUGCCCCUCAGCCUUCAUGGUUUACCCCCAAAAGGUUAUUGGCAUUGUUUUGUGUGAUUAAUAUGAUAAAUUAUUUGGAUCGAGGAACAAUUGCUAGCAAUGGUAUUAAUGGUGAACGCAAGACUUGUGAGGAUGGCAUUUGCUCUAGUGGCAGUGGUAUUCAGGGAGAAUUUAAUUUGAGCAAUUUUGAAGAUGGUGUGCUAUCAUCCGCUUUCAUGGUUGGACUCCUAUUGGCCUCCCCGGUAUUUGCUACAUUAGCAAAGAGUGUGAAUCCGUUUAGAUUAAUUGGAGUUGGAUUGUUAGUCUGGACUAUUGCUGUAAUUGGCUGUGGGUGCUCGUGGGAUUUCUGGUCCAUAUCCGUUUUCCGGAUGCUUGUUGGUGUAGGUGAGGCGUCAUUUAUCAGCCUUGCAGCACCCUUCAUUGAUGAUAAUGCCCCUGAUACUCAGAGAACAGCAUGGCUCGGAUUCUUUUACAUGUGUAUACCGGUUGGAUAUGCAGUUGGCUACAUUUUUGGCGGUUUGGUUGGAAGCCAUCUUGCGUGGCGGUGGGCUUUUUGGUUUGAGGCAAUCUUGAUGCUUCCAUUUGUUGUUUUAGGAUUUGUUAUGAAACCACUGCAAUUAAAAGGAUUUGCACCUGCCGGAUCCAAAAAGGCGUCGUCUGUGGAGACACUUGCCCCUGAUGCGCUAGAGUCGGAGAUUCCAGUUACUGAUAACAGUGAGGAGAAAGGUGAUAAUAUGGAUGAAGCUUCCAACUCAGGGAAUGUGUUUACAAGAUUUCUGAGUGACAUGAAGGCACUUCUUUCUGAUAAGGUUUAUGUUGUCAACGUUCUAGGUUAUAUAGCGUACAACUUUGUUUUGGGUGCGUACUCAUACUGGGGACCAAAGGCUGGUUACAAUAUUUAUAAAAUGGCUAAUGCAGAUAUGGUCUUUGGCGGGAUCACAGUUGGUUGUGGAUUGGCUGGAACUAUAGGAGGAGGUCUCCUUCUUGAUUACGUCAACUCCUCAAUUUCCAAUGCUUUUAAGCUUCUCUCUGCAUCAACGUUUCUCGGAGCUGUGUUUUGCUUCAGUGCUUUCUGUUUCAAGAAAGAGAUAUAUUUCCUCAUUUUCUUCGCAAUUGGUGAACUGCUAGUCUUUGCAACUCAGGCCCCUGUAAAUUAUGUGUGUCUACACUCUGUUAAGCCCAGUUUACGACCACUUUCUAUGGCCAUGUCCACAGUUUCAAUUCAUGUGUUUGGUGAUGUACCUUCCUCGCCCCUUGUUGGUGUUCUGCAGGAUCAUAUUCAUAAUUGGAGGAAGACGACUCUAAGUUUGACUUCUAUUCUGUUUCUAGCAGCUGCGAUAUGGUUUAUAGGGAUCUUUUUGCGCAGUCCAGACAAAUUCAAUGAAGAGAGUGAACAUAAAACUAGCGAACUUAACAACACAAACAAAGCACCACUAUUAGACGAGGAGGCAAAUACUGCAUAGUUCAGCCUAUGUUUCUGGAUCCUUAGCACUCCUCACUCACUCCAACAGGAGCAGGAGCCGGAGCCGGAGCCGGAGCCGGAGUUGACUCUUGCCUCUUCUUUUUGGAAUGGAAUUUUCAUGUUCUGACACCAUAUAACUCAACAUAGGCUUCAGCCUUCACCUAUAAUUCUCAUAGAAUCUGGCGUCAAUUGUAUAUAUUCUUUCUCUUUUGUGAGUAAAUGUUAGGAAUAUGCCUUGGUUUUUGUAGGCGAUCAAUUCAUUCAUUUUCGCUUUUCACUUUUCACUUUUCACUUUUCACUUUUCACUUUUCACUUUUCACUUUUCACUAGUAGAGGAGAGGAGAGGAUCAUCGUUUAACUUUUUCUGUUCUGCUACUUGCCUGUAUAGUUAACCAUUAAAGUAAAGUAGGAUUCAACCGUUACUGUAUGGUUCAUGAAUCAUCAUUCUAAAGUUACCUAGAAUCGUGCUUAUCUGGAAUAUCAAGCAAUCAGGAAAUCUUUACGGAGUAA